GUAUUUUAGAGGGUCUUAACUAAAGAAUUGAGUCUUAUUAAGCUAUGUUUCGUAAUCAGUAUGAUAAUGAUGCAACAACAUGGUCGCCUCAAGGACGACUUUACCAGGUAGAAUAUGCUAUGGAAGCAGUGAAACAAGGCUCAGUUGCAGUUGGCGUUGUUAGUAAAACCCAUGCGGUUCUUUGUGCGCUGAAGAGGAAUCCGGAGGAUUUGGGGAGUUAUCAGAAGAAAAUAAUUGAGAUUGAUGAUCAUUUGGGAUUGGCACUUGCGGGACUUACAUCGGAUGGGCGUAUGCUUAGUAAUUUUAUGAGGCAACAAGCUAUUGCUUCACGGAUAAUAUAUAAUAGAAAGAUAUCAUUGGCACGAGUUAUGUCAUCUAUUGCAAGCAAGGCGCAGAUCAAUACUCAACAAUAUGGAAGACGUCCUUUUGGUGUAGGUUUUUUAGUGAUUGGAUAUGAUGAUAUGGGACCACAUUUAUUUGAGUUUUUACCAUCUGGGUCUGUUUUGGAAUAUACGGGUACGAGUAUUGGUGCACGUUCUCAGUCAGCAAGGACGUAUUUAGAAUCUUCUUGUGAUUCAUUUCAGGAUGCAACAUUAGAUGAAUUGAUUCUUCAUGGUCUUCGUGCAUUGCGAGAUUCUUUGGCACAAGAUAAAGAAUUGACUCCAUUAAAUACAUCUAUUGGUGUAGUUGGAAAAGAUCAUCCAUUUAAAUUGAUAGAAAACGAUGAUGUUGUCGAAUGGCUUUCUAAAUUAGGAGAAGUAUCGCUUUCUGCUUAUAGGCGAUCUCGAAGAGCUGCUGCAGAUAGUGCAUCAGCUGCACCAGCAGAGGAUACUAUGGAAAUGGAUUGAGGAUAAUAUGAGAGAUAGAUAGUAUUGAGGAUGUUUGAGAAGGCAA